UGCUGCGCGCUCCUGCCUGCGACAGCACAGCCGCGGUGUGGUCGCUCUGAACGCACGUUAACGGAAAGGAAAAAAAACACUCCACACGUCGGGAAGGCCUCCGCCACACUCUACACCCUGUUGCAGUCACAGCGGCGUCGGAUAUAAACACAGACACGCACGUUUUCUGAUCCUAGUCGCUCUUUUUUUACAUUUAAAAGCCCUUUUAAAAGACAGUCCUCGUAAUGGCGACAGCUGCGGUGUCUGCCCCAACUGGCAGCGGCCCGAGCCCCGGGCCGGGAACGGAGCUGGUCCGCGGGCAGGCCUUCGACGUCGGGCCUCGGUACAGCAACCUCUCCUACAUCGGCGAAGGCGCCUACGGGAUGGUGUGCUCUGCCUACGACCGGGAGAACAAGAUACGCGUGGCCAUCAAGAAGAUCAGCCCCUUUGAGCACCAGACCUACUGCCAGCGCACCCUGAGAGAGAUCAAAAUCCUCCUGCGCUUCAAGCACGAGAACAUUAUCGGAAUCAACGACAUUAUCCGUGCACCGACCAUCGAGCAGAUGAAGGAUGUAUAUAUUGUCCAGGAUCUAAUGGAAACAGAUCUGUACAAGCUCCUGAAGACUCAACACCUGAGCAAUGACCACAUCUGCUACUUCCUCUACCAGAUCCUGCGAGGGCUCAAGUAUAUCCACUCUGCCAACGUACUACACCGUGACCUGAAGCCUUCCAACCUUCUGCUCAAUACCACCUGUGAUCUCAAGAUCUGUGACUUUGGUUUGGCUCGUGUGGCUGAUCCCGACCACGAUCACACUGGUUUCCUCACAGAGUACGUUGCCACUCGUUGGUACCGAGCUCCUGAGAUCAUGCUCAACUCAAAGGGCUACACCAAGUCCAUAGACAUCUGGUCAGUGGGUUGCAUCCUGGCUGAGAUGCUGUCCAACAGGCCGAUCUUUCCGGGGAAGCAUUACUUGGAUCAGCUUAACCAUAUUUUGGGAAUUCUGGGUUCUCCCUCACAGGAGGAUCUCAACUGCAUCAUCAACAUUAAAGCCAGGAACUAUCUCUUGUCACUGCCUUUGCGCUGCAAAGUGCCGUGGAACCGUCUCUUUCCCAACGCUGAUCCAAAAGGUGCGGACAGGUGA